AUGUCCGAAGUUCUGCAGACUGGGGAGCAAGACCCGAACCCGCAUCCUCCUCGCAGAUCGACGGGAACGAGGGUCACCAUCGACUUGGCAAUGUUCCCUCACAUUGGCGGGCUCAUCCUCCAGAUGACCGAUUGGAAAGACCUCUUGCCUUGGCGUCUCACAUCCAAACUAGUCUGCGCUCAAGUCGACAGGCUCAUGACCUCCCAUGUGAUUAUGGUCGACGGCCCAGAGCAUGUUCUUCUCAAGUCUCCAAAAGGACGGAUCCCAGUACUUCGGGACUUUGUGUACAACCGGCAUUCGGCGGAUUCUGGUAAUGCAGGACACGGCCGCCCGGUCAUGGCCCUCUCCAAGACGACGAUCCUCGACCUCUACUUGCGCAAAAUCGAUUACGAGGGCGGUGGGAAGCCUUCGGAGCCAUUCGAGAACCUGAAGUACAUGCGUCUUCAUGCCUUCGAGGGCGACGACAUCACCAGAACCGCAGUCAUGUUUCCGGCACAAACGCUUGUCACAUUUGGGGACAUGGGCCUCCUCUUGCAGUCUCAAGUGACUUUCCGUAUCAAAGUUAUCCCAGCGGACCAUAUUCCGAGCUGCGCCACCAAGCUGGUCAUCAACAUCAAGUUCCAAACUGUUACGCGGUACCAUGUUGACGCCUACCAGUCCGUCACCAGUGACACCAGUCUGCUUCAUGACGGGCUCAGGGAGGUGGUGCUUGUAUUUAGCAACUGGGGACGUCCGGUCUCAUCAUCUUUCGUGAAGAAGUGGCCAGCUGUGGUGCCGGCUAACGAGCGGUGUCUUUGGGUCGUCAUGAUGGUUAUCACAGCCAUCGUGAGGGGUCGUAGCAAGGUUACGAUCGUUGACUUGCACAAAGUUGACUUCCAUUGGCUUUUCGGAAUGACUCCCCCGAAAGAUGUCGAAUCGCCACACCAGGCAGCCCUUCUUCAGGCUAUCCACCCAGAGGCUCGUACUUCAAAAGGUAUUUCCAUGGUUCGAGGAGAUGCUGACUGGCUACCCAAAGACUAUGCACCGUGGACGCACCUCCUUUCGCAACUCGACGUGUCGGCACUUGAGUUUCUCACUUUGGAAGAAUACGGCUUGCGACUGACGCCUGAAGACCUGGAGCUUGAGAUCCAAGAGUUCUGGGGUUACUAG